AUGGACCGUGGCGCGUUUGACGGCUCGUUCAAGAUUUACGUCGAAGAUCCCCGAAAACCGGCCUCCGACAUCGAGACGGGCCGCAUGGGGCCCGGCCCGUACAGUAUGGAGAUGUUCGCCAAGGAAGUGGACAAUGUGAAAGAGGACAUGAAGAGCAUGGAUAAGUUGUACGGUCAGGUGCAUGAGUCGAACGAGGACAUAAAAGUCGCGCAAAAUGCGGCCGCCAUGCAGGAGCUUAGAGACGAGGUCAACACCGACCUUGACCACGUCAUCAAGCUAGCCAAGCAGAUUAACAAAAAGUAUGAUGGGCUUGUCCGGGCCAAUGCGGCCCAACGGAGGGUCGCAGGAAGCGGGCCGGGCUCGUCGGACGAUAAUGCUCGGGCCGCGAUGAUUUCGGAGCUCGGUGACAAUAUCAAGCAAAUGAUGCGAAAGUUCCAAGGGCUUAGGGUACAGAUGGAGACCGACCACCGGCAACUCAUCGAGAGCAGGUAUUUCGCCAUCACACGAGAGAAGGCGACUGCAGAGGCCAUCGACAACUUGAUAGCGAACGAGGUGCCCGAGAGCCCGCUCCACCACGCCAUGCAGGACCACGGGCGUGGGCCCGUCAUGGAUGCCGUGGCCGAGAUCCAAGAGCGUCGUGGGGCCAUGAUGGAGGCCCGACGAACCCUAAUGUCCCUCCACCAAAUCCUCCUCGGCAUAGCCACCCCGGUGGCCGCAGUGGCCGCCGAGGGGCAGGCCAAGGCCCCCGGGCCCCCGAGCCCGGUCGAGCCCCCCGCCUACUCGCCGGGGGUGGGCCCACCAGGAGGCCCGGUAAAGGCAGGAGGGCCCGCGGGCUUGAACGACUACGAGAGGGAGACUCGGAACCAGGCGUACAUAGCCAUAGCGGUGGCGCUCGUCAUCAUUAUCUCCGUAAUCGUGUCUCUCCUCAAGGUCGAGAACCAGCUCGAGAACGAUGGGACUAGCUAA